AAAUGGUAUCAAUCAGCUAAAGAGAUCUCUCGUUUUCUUGUCUUUAUUAAAUAUUUUGAUCCAUAUACACAAUCAUUGGAAAGCUUAGGUCAUUUAUAUGUUCAGGAAUUUGGUAAAGUUAGUGACAUUCUUUGCAAGAAAAAGAAUUUCCCACCAAAUACACCUUUGACGUUAUAUGAAGAAAUUAAACCAAGUAUGAUUGAAAAAAUGAUGCCAAAAUUUACUUUUAAAAAGUCUGAAAUACAAAAUGGUGAUAUAAUAUGUUUUCAAAGAAUAUUAACGCAAAAUGAGAUUCAAGAACAUGAAAGCGCUGGUCGCAUACAUAGUAUUCCUGAAUUUUACGAAUCAUUGUCAACGAAUAUCAUCAUUCAUUUCAAGUCAAAAUUUGGUUAUCGAGAUCCAAAGCCUGAAUUCAAUUUAGUAUUAAAUAAGAAAAUGCGAUAUGAUGCCGUUGCAAAUCAAGUCGCUGCUCAUCUUGACACAAAUCCUCUGAAUUUACGCUUCACAACAGUACAUUUAUCCGGAAAGCCAAAGCAUGAGAUUGACAGAAAGACAGAUCAAACAUUAUCUGAGAUACUUCAAUUUUCGACAUGCUUAUUUUACGAAAUACUAGAUUUAUAA